AUGUCAAACAGAAAUCAAAUGACUGUGGCACGACACAUGACGGCUUUAUAUGUUGUAAUGACAAUCAAUCAAAGCGUUUUAUGCAGUUGGAAAAACGAGGAAAAUCGAAAUAUUUCUCCUGAGAAAUUAAGUAAAUUUAUGAGCGACCUCACGUUUGUUGAAAAUUCCACUGAGAAUGUGUCAACUUGUAUUGAGUUAGACAUUUUCACUUCACUUUGUUAUCUGAAUGCCGGCGUGGGUGAGACAAAAUUGCAAAUACUUGAGGUCGAGAAUGGAAUGUUCUCUCACAUUAGAUUGACAUCAUCUCAAGUUGAGAGUCAAGACUUCUCAAUGGUUCUCUUUCCACCUUCUGAACCAUUUGACCUUACUGCCGAGCUUCUUUUAAGUCAUUACGAGAUUACGAGAACAUUGAAAAUAAGUAAAACUAAAACGAUUUGUUUUCCUUUGGGAAAAGUGGAGCAUAGACGUGAAAACCUUGGGGAUUGGGAUUGGCAAAAGAAAAAUUCUUCAACAACGAAUAAAAGUGUGAAUACUUUCAUGCACUUCUUAAGGCAACAUGUGCUCGUCAACUCUUUCACAAAAGUGACUUUAAUUCAUGCACAUACUCUUAUUUAA